UCCUCCUUUGCAUUGCAUCUUGAGUGUUUUCCCCCAAAUUCUGUAUAUUUGAUAUGUUUUACUAUUGUAUUUCCUCGCUUUGGUAAACGUUUGAGUUCGAUAUGAGAUUUUGGAUCUUCUUCGAUCUCAUUGGAUUCCAACAACAAAUUGAAAAGUCUCCGCAAACAAAUUUAAAUGCCUUGAGUCAACCUUCCCCAUCAUCAACCAUCUCUUUCUUUGCCAGCCACUGCAAUAUCUUCUCUCCCUCAUGAGAUCAAAGAUUCUCCCCCACUCGCCAUUGAAUUGAAAUAUACUGAAUAAGAACUCCACAAACUAUAGCUGAUACCUCAUUCCAACACCGCUAACACAUCCUUCACCCUUACCAUGACGCCCGUGGUCAUGGCUUCCCACAAAAUUUUGUUGCUCUUGUUUAUCAGCUGCCUCUUUUCUCCGACAAUUGAAGUACAGGUCACUUAUCUUUACCACAACUGCUCUUCCAACAAAACCUUCGCUGUCAAUAGUGCUUUUCAAUCGGACCGAACCAAACUCUUCUCUUCCUUAGCUUCCGCCAACACCGACUUCUCCAACGCCACCGUCGUCGGUGGCGGCGACACCGUCUACGGCCUCUUCAUGUGCCGGGGUGACGUCAACCUCUCCAUGUGCCACCAAUGCGUCGUCAACGCGACCCAACGAUUAUCUUCCGAGUGCAGAGUUUCGAAGGAGGCAAUAAUCUGGUACGACGAGUGCAUGGUUCGCUAUUCGAACCGUUCCUUCUUCUUCACCGUCGAAACAAGGCCUAGACUGAGCCUCUUGAACACCGGCGAAGUGUCCCAGCUGAGCUUCUUACAGAUAUUGUUGAGCACGCUUAACGUGACGGCGGACGAGGCAGCUAACGGCACUAAGAAAUAUGCCACAAGGGAAGCAAGCAUAUCUGGGUUCGGAACUAUGUAUUCUCUACUUCAGUGCACGCAGGACCUGUCAUCCCAAGAUUGCAGAACUUGUCUGACUGCUGUGAUCGGAGACCUCUCAACAUGGUGCUGUUUGGGGAAACAAGGAGGAAGAGUUCUAUAUCCCAGUUGCAACGUUCGCUAUGAGUUAUAUCCUUUUUAUAAGUCUGAUGAUCAGCCAGAAGCGACGGCGCCUCCACCGCCUGCACUCUCUCCUCCAACAAGUUCUUCAGAUCCUCAAGUUAAAGCGAAAGGUCAGUCAACAAGGACUAUUGUGAUAGUUGUGGUUUCUUCUGUUGGUGGUCUGGGGAUUUUUUUGUGUGUCGCCUACUAUCUCUCAAAGAGUCUAAUCAAGAAGAGACGCACCGCUCUUCUCAGACAAAAAUACUUUGGAAAUGAAAGCAAUAAUUUAGAGCCUCUACAAUUUAGUUUGGCCACUAUUGAAGCUGCAACAAAUAAGUUUUCGCAUGAAAAAUGUUUAGGCCAAGGUGGAUUUGGACAAGUUUACAAGGGUGUUCUUUCAAAUGGUCAAGAAAUAGCCGUCAAGAGACUUUCAAAAAAUUCUUGUCAAGGUGGAGAAGAAUUCAAGAACGAGGUUGUAUUGAUUGCCAAACUACAGCACAGAAAUUUGGUGGCCUUGCUUGGAUUUUGCAUAGAAGAACAAGAGAAAAUCCUUGUUUAUGAAUAUGUUCCGAACAAAAGCCUCGACUACUUUCUAUUUGGUUCCCAAAAAGGCAAAGUAUUAAAUUGGGUUGAGCGAUGUAAAAUCAUUGGAGGAGUUGCUCGGGGAAUUCUUUAUCUCCAUGAAUAUUCUCGUCUUAAAAUUAUACAUCGUGAUCUCAAACCAAGUAAUAUUUUAUUAGAUGAUGAACUGAAUCCAAAAAUAUCAGAUUUUGGCUUAGCCAAAAUGGUUGCUAUCAACACAAAUGAAGGAAGUACAAAUAGAAUAGUUGGGACAUAUGGUUAUAUGUCUCCAGAAUAUGCAAUGUACGGACAAUAUUCUAAAAAAUCAGAUACUUUUAGCUUUGGAGUUAUAAUGUUAGAAAUUAUCAGUGGAAAGAAGAAUGCAAGUGGUCUUAGUCAAUCACAACAUGCUGAUGGCCUAUUGAGCUAUGCCUGGAAGCAAUGGAAGGAGGAAAAGUUGCUGGAUAUAUUAGAUUCGAAUAUAAAAGAAUUUGGAUCAUAUAAUGAAGUGAUCAAGUGCAUCCAGAUUGGUUUGUUAUGUGUUCAAGAAGAUCCAGAUGCAAGACCUACAAUUGCUGCGGUUGUUUCAUAUCUUAGCAAUGAUUCCAUUCAACUGCCAUUGCCACAGGAACCUGCCUUCUUUUUACACGGUGGAAUGGGGCCUCGUACCAGUGGAAGUAAGGAAUCAGGCUCGACCAUUGAAGCACAUAAGAAUAAAAUGCCAUUUACUGUAUUUACUGAUCAAGAUGCUACAAUGGCACGAUUAUUAGAAGAGGAGUAUGACUUACGUGAUGCUACAUGUAUUAAAGAGAAGAAAGAAAGAAAGAAGAAUGAAGAGGCUGAUGCUAUUGUGUUUGAUUAUGUGAUUACAAGGGUUGACAAAAAUGGAGAGUGGAGAUUGACAUAUGAGCCAUCAAGAGAAGACAAGGAGCCUAACAUUACUUGUAGUUGUAAAAAGUUUGAACAGUGGGGAAUAUUAUGUUGUCAUGCACUAAGAAUAUUGUAUGAUCAAGAUGUCAAGCGACUUCCACAAAAAUAUAUUUUAAAGAGGUGGACAAGAGAAGCAAGGUGUGGUGUGGUGUAUGAUUCUAAGGGAAAGGAAAUUGAAGUUGAUCCUAAACUAGAAUGCUCAAAUCGAUACAGGCAAUUGUGCCCAAUGCUUAUAAAAUUAGCCAAUGAUGCAUCUGAAUGCCCAGAGGCAUUCUCUAUGGUUCAUCAAAUGGUUCUAGAACUUAGUAAGAAAGUGUCUGAACUUCUUAUUAAACAUUCGUCAGAUGAUGUUAGUAGUAAAUGUGUUGUUGUUGAUGAUGAUGGUAAGAAUGAGGGUGAAGGAAUUGGAUUCAAGAAGAGGGAACGUAAAAAGAUUGAUAAAAGUUGGGUUGAGAAGCCUAAUCAGAAAAGAAGAACUAGUAGAACUUCAAAAAAACCGACUAAUAGGCCUUCACAAUGUUCAAAGGAAACUGAAAAUACAUUAGGGGUAGUUAGCCUGUCAACCCCAGUGCAACAUAUUCCACCUAUGUCAAAUACACUGGUGCCAAUGCAAUAUGGUCCUACUAUGUCAAAUGCACUGCUACCAAUGCAAUAUGGCCCCUCUUUGUUAAAUGCAACAAUUCCUAUGCAAUAUGGCCCUCCCAUGUCAAAUACAGUAGCUCCUACGCAGUAUGGUCUUCCUAUGUCAAAUACUCUAGCAUCAAUGCAACAUCAUCCACCUAUCUCAAAUACAUCAAUGCCAAUGCAACAUGAUUCAUUAGUCUCAAAGACGCAUGGACUAAGCCAAACCACAUUCACAACAUUAAUGAUGGCUCAAAUGGACCAUGAUGUGAAGUCACUUGAAGCACUGCAAUUUAGUCAAGCAUUUGUAAAAGAUGAGGUAACUAACCUAUGGUUGGCAUUCAUCGACUCCACCGGAAAGUCGCCAGAUUCAGCUGCUUUCCGCCGCGGUAAGGCAGGGUCAAGUGAAAGCCCCAAGCGCCGAAGUGCGUCUUCGCGAGUCAUAGGUCGUAAUUCUCUUCACCCUCAAUGCUCCACCCACCACAAUUUCACCGCCAAUAGCACCUUCGACUUUAACCUCAACACCCUCUUUUCUUCCUUAACUUCCAACGAAACCGCCCACCUCGACUUCUACAACACCACCGUUGACGGCGGUGGCGAGACCAUAUACGGCCUCUUCAUGUGCCGGGGCGACGUCAACCAAGACGCAUGCCACCAGUGCGUCGUUGAGUCAACUGCAGAGUUAGCUUACUAUUGCAGAUUUUCGAAGGCGGCCUAUGAAGCGGCGAAGCCUGCUUUGAUGAAAAAGAAGUCGGCGACGAAAGCGGUGGUGGUAGAUAUUCAAACUCUGUAUGUGAUGGUUCAGUGCACGCCGGACCUUUCGCCGGGAGAUUGCAGAACGUGUCUGAGUGGUGUGAUCGGGAACCUUCCAUGGUGUUGUGAGGGCAAGAUCGGAGGAAGAGUGGCAUAUCCAAGUUGCUUCGCUCGCUAUGAGCUGUAUAUGUUCUUUAAUUCUUCUACGCCUCUCCGGCCAGUAAGGCUGCCCCCUCCGCCUCCGCCUCCUCCUCCGGCUCCAUUAACUCCUCCAACUCCUUCAGAUGUAAGAAGGAAAAGGAGAUUAAGGACUAUUGUGAUAGCUGUGGCUUCUCCUGUUGGUGCUGUGAUACUUCUAUGUUUCUCCUUCUAUUUGUCGAAGAAUCAAAUAAAGAAGAUACGUAUGGCUUUUCUCAUGCAAAAAUACUUUGGAAGCGAAAGCAACACUUUAGAGCCUCUGCAAUUCAGUUUGGCUACGAUUGAAGCCGCGACAAAUAAGUUUUCACAGGAAAAUUGUUUAGGUCAGGGUGGAUUUGGACAAGUUUACAAGGGCAUUCUUUCAAAUGGUCAAGAACUAGCUGUAAAAAGACUUUCAAAAAGUUCUGGCCAGGGAGUAGAAGAAUUUAAGAACGAGGUUUUAUUAAUAGCCAGACUCCAGCAUAGAAAUUUGGUGGCCUUGCUAGGAUUUUGCAUAGAAGGGCAAGAGAAAAUUCUCAUUUAUGAAUAUGUUCCCAACAAAAGUCUUGAUUAUUUUCUAUUUGGUUCUCAAAAAAUCAAAGUACUAAAUUGGGAGGAACGAUGUAAAAUUAUAGGAGGAGUUGCUCGAGGAAUUCUUUACCUUCAUGAUUAUGCUCGAGUUAAGAUUAUACAUCGUGAUCUCAAGCCAAGCAAUAUUUUGUUAGAUAAUGAAAUGAACCCAAAAAUUUCAGAUUUUGGCAUGGCCAGGAUGGUUGGAAUCCAUGAAAUUGAGGAAAGUACGAGUAACAUUGUUGGAACCUAUGGUUAUAUGUCUCCGGAAUAUGCAAUGUUUGGACAAUAUUCUGAAAAAUCAGAUGUUUUUAGCUUUGGAGUAAUAGUAUUAGAAAUGAUCAGUGGAAGGAAGAUCACAAGCUCUCAAGAUCAAUCUCAUGGCCUCCUAAACUAUGCUUGGAAUCAAUGGAAGGAAGAAAAGAUAUUAGAUGUAUUGGAUUCAAGUCUAAAUGAACCUGAAUCGUUGAAUGAAGUGGACAAGUGCAUCCAAAUCGGGUUGUUAUGUGUUCAAGAAAAUCCGGAAGCAAGGCCUUCUAUGGCUACAGUUGUUUCAUAUCUUAGCAAUGAUUCAAUUCAAUUGCCAUUUCCACAAGAACCUGCAUUCUUUCUGGAGGGCCAAAUGGAGCUUAAUACCGACAGUAAAGAAUCAAUUAAUGAAAUGUCUAUAAGUGAAUUCUAUCCUCGGUAG